AAUCAUAUUCAAAUGGCAGUAGCGAUAUUAGUAAUAGUAGUAAUGGUGGAGACUAUUUGGAAAUUAAUUUAAAUAUGAAAACUAAAUACUGUUUUCGUGGGUUCGUGUUCGUUCAACAAAGUUCGUGUUGCUUUGGAUCUAGAAAUUGUUGUUAUUUUAUUUGAUAUGAAUUGUUAAAAAGGCAAGAACAUCAGAAAAUUACUUAGUUGACUUACUUUUUACUUCGUUGAUUUGAUUUGAUUUCCUUUUGUUUAAUGUUUGAUAUUUAAAAUGAAAAUUUUAUUUUUCAAAAGAUACCUACUACCUUGUUACAGGUACAUUUUGCAUUUGCAAUGCCUAAAGUAAUAAACCCUAUUUGGGAGUAUUUUGAAAAAAAAAAUUCACAACCAUCUAAGGCAGAAUGCAAGCUCUGCAGGAAAACAGUGUCUCUGGGAAGUUUGCAACCUAAGCUUCAAACUAUUAAAGGGUUAAAACUACAUUUAUCGAAAUAUCAUUUGACAGAAAACGAACAUUUUUUAAUACAAAUAGAUGACCUGAAAAACCAAGCAGCUGAAAAGCAAAAUAAUUUAAAAUCAGCGGGCCCUGUACUUCUUGAAACAGACAAGAAGACUCAACCUACGAUGCAGCAAUUGCUGGCGAAUCCGCCAAAAGCCCAAUGGCCCCAUGACCAUGACAUAACAAAACGCAUAGAUAAGGCUAUCAUGGAUUAUAUAUUAGUUGACAUGCAGCCUUAUAACACUGUGUCAGGAAAAGGAUUUAAGCGCUUAAAUUUUGCGGACCCUGCAGGACCAAAAAAAUAUAAAUUGAAAUCUGAAAAAUUUUUUCGCACCCAACUAAUGCCGGAAACUUUUGAAAAAGUUAAAACUAAAGUAGUCAAUUUGCUAUGUGAGGCCGAGUGGAUAAGUUUUACUACAGACAUUUGGUCAAAUCCUACUAAAACUUGUUCACUUCUGAGUUUUACGGCCCAUUUUGUGCACAAUGAACAACGACCAAAAGUAAUCUUGGGUGCAUCAGUUUUAGAAAAUGACCACACGGGCGACUAUAUCUCCGAGAAACUGAAAGAAGUAGUCGAAGAUUAUAAUAUAGGCUCUAAAAUCCACCUUGCUCUUCGCGAUAAUGCUGGGAACAUGGCCCGUGCUACAAGGGUUGCGGAGUACGAUUCGUUGGGCUGUGUGUCUCAUACACUACAACUGGUGAUUCAUGACGCAAUUUUAUCGGUGCCAAACAUAAUAACAAUACUAAAAAAGUGUCGUAAAGUAGUCGGACACUUUCAUAGAAGUGAGCAGGCACGGAGGUAUUUAAAUACUUUCCAAAAAACUUUAAAUUUACCAGAACACACCCUAUUCCAAGACGUGGAAACACGUUGGAACAGCACGUACUUAAUGUUGUCACGGUUGAUUGAGCAAAAAAAUGCGAUUAAUCUAUACCGUGUCGAAAGGGGCUCAAUCAAUGAAAUUAAUAACGAAGAAUGGACGACGAUGCAAGAUGCUGUCAGUGUAUUGGAAUGUUUUUAUGAGGCCACAUUAGACAUGUCGUCAGAUGCAUCAUGUGUCUCCUUGGUGAUACCUUUAGUAGCCAUGUUAAGUGGAAAACUUGCGUCAACUAGCGGGCAAAGUCAGUUUGUAGCGUCGGCAGAUACUGCAAUGUCAGCAGAUAUAGAAAACAAUGAAAGUGAUGCUCUUCAAAAUUGUGCUGCUGCUGAGAUGAAAAGCAAGUUGUUGUGCUCACUCAAUCAUCGCUUUUCAUUCAUACGAACAUCGAGCCCCUUAAUUUGUGCAACAUUGUUGGAUCCCCGAUUCAAAACAAAAUAUUUGACCGAAAACGAGGUAAACGGAGCCAAGACUAAAAUUUUUGAAGUUUUACAAUUAGGUACACCGGCAGGACUUGGAGAGCGUCAGGGUGGAGCGUCAACUUCAGUUAGAUCCGUCAAUGAGACAAGUUUGUGGGCAGCUCACGACUCCAUCGAGUCUGAUGACGACCCAAUGACGGACAACUCACUUGAAUCGUCACUUGACAAUUAUCUGAGAGAGCCAAGGCUGCAUAGGAAUGCAAAUAUCUACGAAUACUGGCAUUCAUCGCCUUACCAACUCCUGCGCCCUGCAGCAAAAAAAUUUUUGUCGGCUCCACCAACAAGUGUGGCUAGCGAACAGCUUUUUAGCAGGGCUGGUCAAUUGUACGACGAGCGGCGUCACAAUUUAACUGGCCACAACGCUGAAAAGUUAUUGUUUUUGUGCUAUAAUAUAGAACUAUUUAAUUUUGAUUAUUAA